AUGGUAAACCACGACCUGGCCCGCGUGGUACUCAUGUUCCUCGGAUUGAUCAUGUUUUUAGCCGCAAUCACUAUAAACUCUAUGUCAGGAUUCGGAGCUGAAUCAGGUGUUUUCCAGCAGAGCACGGAAGACGUGACGCUGAAGUAUGUGACACUGUUCACUCCGGCUAACUGGGCUCUGCAUGCUUACGACUGGUUGUACACCACGCCUGCACUGCUGCCCUACGGAUUCCAUGUCUCUAUGAUCGCCAACAUUAGCUUGAACAUCACGUGGCUGUUUUUAUUUGACAAAGAGUUACUGCUGCCGGCGCUGAUAACGUCCGCCCUGAUGACGCUCACCGAUUACCUCCUGCUCUUCUUCUCCUGUCAUGGACUGAAGAUCUACGGAGCCUGGUUGAACAAAUAUCACAACGUGGACCUCUGGCUCUUCAGAGUAUUGACCUUUUCAGACCUCACAGAAAAACAAAAACUGAAAACACAUCACAAGUCUUCAUUAACUUUCGUAAUCCUUGUGCUGAAUCAGGUGCAGAACGGUGUGGCCGUGUAUGCAACAUGGGGGAGCCUCUCCACCGUACUCAACCUGACGAUAUACCUGCAGUAUCAGACAGGAACCUUCAGCUGUGGCUGUUCUCUGCUGCCGCUGCUGCUGCUCCUCAUGCAGCUGUUCGCCUGGUUUCUGUUGGAGAACUUCUACCUGGAUGAGCAUGUGCGUUACGUUGUGACCAUCUACCCCUUGGUGAUCCUGUGGCUGACCGGCACCCUGAACAACUCCAGCUCCCCUGAAAGCCUCUUUUACAUUUUUACAGCUUUGACCCUGGCUAUUUCCUGCGUCAUGUUUGUGGCACGCGUCGCUCUGGUCACAUGGAGGCACCACAAACGGCCGCUCUACACUGGACCCAGUAUGUCUCCUGUAGAGAUCGCCUUGACACAGAGAAAAAUAUUUCUAUAG